AUGGCCGACGCCUUUUCUCUCUUCACCUCUCUUCGGUAUGAUCCGGCCUUGUUGGAGCUCCCAUCAAAGAAGAUCGACUACGCAGGAUGGAACUCUGCCAAUCGGUCCCCGUUCUACAUGCUCGACUAUCAUCGCGAUCGCAUGCUACGGGCAGCAACCCACUGGGGAUGGGACAAGGCCAUCCAAGUCCUUUCGGGCGACAAGGGCCUGGACUCGUUGAGAAAGGCAGCGGAAGACUUCAUCGGCCCAUCUCAAACGGCUCCAUUGCGCUUCAAGAUUCUCGUCAGCCGCGAAGGCGUUGUGAGCUUCGAGAAGAACAACACGGCCCCUGUUGGCCUCGAGAAUCUGUUUCCUCUGCGGCUGCCUCCCCCUGGAUCUCCAUCCGCUCCUCAGGAGCCGAAGAAAAGCCCUUGCUGGACGAUAGUGCUUGAUAACAGUCAAACGGCAGCUUCAGAGUACACUCACUUCAAGACGACCAAGAGAGAGAUGUAUGAUUCUUCGCGCGAGAGGCGCGCCAUUGCCCUGACAGACGAGCGAGAAGUCUUGCUGGUCAACCGGGACGACGGGUCCAUCAUGGAGGGAAGCUUGACAACGCCAUAUUUCUGGCGAGAUGGCCAAUGGGUCACUCCGCCUGUUCCUGCGACCUUUGGCCUGGGGGCCGGGAGCGGUGGCCAAGACGGGACGUCGAGACGAUGGGCAUUGGAAAGGGGACUGGCCGUUGAGCAGAGUGUUCCUGCAAGCUCCUUGGUGGAUGGCGAAGAGUGCUGGAUAAGCAACGGGGUGAGGGGGUUCAUCGCUGGUGUUGUUCGCCUUUAG